AUGUGCUUCAAUCAGAACUCCCCUUCCAGUCCACAUGAUUUUGAUGUGGACAUGGGAGAUGCUGAUUUUAUCGCAAGUCUUGGUGAGGAUAUGCUUACGCAGACGAUGGGGGAUGAGCUUGUGCUUGACACAUUGCACCUUUUCAGCGCCAAUGUCAAAAUCUCUGGACAUCGUGUCAAAUGCUUGUUUGACGAGAUACUCCGGCGAGACUCUGACAGCCAACCUCUUAUCGUGGCAGUGCAAGAUCUCUCCCGGAAACAGGCCUUUACACGAUUGCCUGGUUACAACUUCUGGGCUGCUGACUUGGGACUCAUUACAGAGGACGACUAUGAGUUAUCCACCAGAGAAGCCUCUCAAGUCAAGAGCAUUGAACUUGCGCGCCAUGCCAUCUGUGCAGCCUCCAUUUCACUCGACAAGGUCUCUGACGCAAUGCAAGAUUUCAGCGAUGCGCCACCUGAGAUUGAAGAAGCCCUCUUCGACAUCGUCCAAUCCCUCUCUUCCUCCCGCGACGCCCUCGUUGUCACUCACGAUACUUUCGCCGAGGCUCGGGGAACUCUUUCGGUCGCCAUCCAAAGAGUCGAGGAUGCUCAGGAAGUCAUUUCCAAGGCCCAGGAUGCUGUUCCCCAGAUCCAAGGUAUCUUGUUCGCCGCUCUGGAUGAACUCUUGGGUCCUCUCCGUGUCCUUUCGGGCGUUCAGAGGAGCUUCUCCUGUGAGGAAGACGCUGCUGCUCGUCCUCAGGAGGAACGAAUCCGCGGCGUGGGCUUCUAUGUUCAUUCUUCCCUUCGAACUGAUCAGUGGAGAGUGCGAUCAUACCCCGGUGAUAACGAGGACAUUUUUGCCACUCUUGAGCUGACGACCCUGUCGGGGCUGCUUGCCAUCCACAACGCCUACAACCACAACAAUCGACUAGACGUCCCGGCUCUGCUUCAACAUCUGGCAUCUUACGAGUCUAGCAAGUGCGACAUGGUCUUACUUGGCGACUUCAACUAUCACCAUGGGUCUUGGAGCAUCAAGGUAAAUGGUGUGGUUACUCAGAGGAUUACGCCGGAGUCCAAGGCGUUUGCUGCUGGUGUCAAAGGACUUGGCCUCGCACUGCAAACGACACCUGGGGAAAUCACUUUCUCACGCUCUCAGGACACUGAUCAACAAAGAUCCACAAUCGAUCUGACGUUUGCGAGCCGAAAGCUCGCUCCAUCAGUACUCUCUUGCAAGGCCUUGCAGAUUCCUGGGUACAAGAGUGAUCACCGCGUCAUUGAGACGGUUAUCCGAAGACGGGUCAACACUCACGUCAGAAUCAUACCUCAAUGGCAGGAAGCUGAUCACGAAGUGUUUCAGAGGAGUUUGGAACCUUUGCUACCCUCGCUCGAUGCCCUUCUCGACACCGACGACCAGAGGGACAAAUACAUGACUGAUAUCAUGUAUGGUUUGAUGGAAGCAAUCCACGACAACGUCCCAAUGUUCACUGAGGACAAGUCUGCGACCACCAAGGGUGCUUACGAGCUUGCGGGCAUUGCGAAGAAUAUUGGCAAGCCGAACCAGAUAUCACAGACACCAACCCUCAGGCUUGGUGACGAGGUCGCCGAAACGGACAGCGAGAAGAUCGAGAUGAUCAAGAAGGAAAAGUUCCCUGACAAUGACAAGCCAUACUCCAAGAGCAUACCCACUGAGCCCCGCCCCCGACCAGCCGACAGCCGACCUGAGUUAUGUAUGUCGCAGGAUCUCGACGACGAGCAUUUGAGACUGAUCAUUUCCAAACUUCAAAGGCACAAGGCUCCGGGACCUGAUCUCAUCCCCAACGAAGCAAUUCAGCUUGGUGGUGAUGUUCUGCGAUCUCGACUGCUCCGACUAUUCCGCUCUUGCCUACUCCAUUCUCACUACCCGUCGCCUUUCAAAGACUCGAUUCUCGUCAUGGUGCGCAAAACUGGCAGGCCGCUUGCUGAUCCCAAGUCGUGGCGGCCUAUCGCUCUACUAUCUUCUUUCGGCAAGAUUCUCGAUAGGAUCUUUGGGGAUAAGAUGCUUGAGGUAUUGAGGGCCCACCCGGAACUUCUAUCGAGUCAUCAGUUUGGCGGUAGAUCCACUACAGAAGCGCUCCAGUACUUGCUCACCAUCAUCUACAAUACCUGGACCUUUCACCCUGGAGAUGUCGUUACUAUCUUCGGCCUUGACAUGAGCUCGGCCUUCGAUAGCGUCUUGCGCGACCGUCUCCUACAGAAUCUAGUCGACAAGGGCUUUCCUCCAUGGUACGUGACCAUUGUCCGCAGCAUGCUCUCUGACCGAACCGCCACAAUGCGCAUGCCUGGAAUUGUUUCCCCUUCCUUCCGUUCCAACAGUGGGAUCCCUCAAGGCUCACCAUCGUCGUCGCUUCUGUUCAGCAUUUUUUCUAACCCUCUACUGGAGGAGACGUGCACUGGUCUGCAGAAAGUGGAGGUUAAUGGCCAAUCCCACUGGGUGUACCUAUACGCAUUCGCUUUUGUCGACGAUAUCUACCUUGUUGCAGUGUCUAAGAGCUACGAGAUCAACUGCAAAGGAAUUGAGAAGCUUCACAGCUCUGUACAGGCUGUCGCUGCGGGGCUGAAGGUCGUCUUUGGGCCUCACAAGUACAACCUUAUGCAUAUCAUUGGGCCUCAACGGGAUCAACCUGAUACUGAUUUCAGGCCCCAGAUCCCAGGGUUUGAUGGGAGCCCCGAACCAGAGCUGCGUAUCCUUGGUGUCAAGGUUGAUCAGAGGCUGAGUUGGCAAUGCCAUAUUGAUGACAUCGUGAAGAAGGUCAGAAAACGGCUUGGCUAUCUGUCGAUCAUCUCAAAGCGAACGACGGGGCCGACAUUGCAGACCAUGCGACUCUACUACCUGACCAUGAUCCGGCCUGUGAUCACCUACGCCUGUGGCGCAUGGUUCCUCCGGCAGCGUGGAGGCGACAAGGGGGACUGUUCCGUCAAGUAUGGGUUGAACGACGAUCAGAUAAAACAACUUGUGUCGCUGAACAAGGAAUGUCUGACGAAGCUUUCUGGCGCAGUCUUAGACACAGCAUCUGAGAUGAUGGAGAAGGACCUGUUCGUUGAGAACAUCGUGACUGUCCUUCAUUCCCAAGCUUCUCAGCAACGGGUCAAGAGUCUCUUCUCCUACGACAUCAGAUGGAGGUUCAUUGCACGAGACUUGUGGAAAAAGAGCAGGGCGCCAGCGAAAAAGAAAUCGCGCAAGGCGACAGAGAACAAGGCAUUGGCUCAGGCGCUGGAGGACGUGGCAACAGGCAAGAUGCCGAGUGACAAAGAAACGGGCUUGGCACCAACAAAAAAGACAUCACGCAAGGCGCCAAGGGGCAAGAAGACUCCGUACCAGAUUUUGGAUGCCGAGGCGAGAAAGAUUUACGAAGCAGCCAAGAGGGGUCAUGACGACAGAGCAAGAGCCAGUCCAAACCCCAACGAAGUGGACAAGGCUAAGGAGCGAUGGGCAGACUACAAGAAGCGAAGCGGGAUCAUCAAGGCCUGGGUCAAGAACAUGGACACUAAAGAGUGCGAGGCCAGAUGGAAGGCGUACGUUCAGCAACGGAAAGACAAGGUGGUGUCUGGUGGUAGGAAUCCCAAGGACCUGAGACUGCCGGUAGCCUUGACCGAGGACUGGGGGAGGAAGAACCUUGAGUACUACUCGGGCUUGACUCGCGCCCAGAGCACGAUGUUAUUCGCAUGCAGGACUGAGCGCAUCGGUCUCCGGAAGUAUCUUCAUGACUGCCGCAUUCCUGGCUUUGAGUUCCCGACGUGUCCCUGCGGACGUUCCCGAGAGACCGUGUUCCACCUUCUUGUCGAGUGCCCCAGGCUGCGUGAGGCGAGAAUCGGCCUGUUUCAGCAGGUAGGCCACAACGACUUCACAACACUUCUCACCAAGGACGCCAAAGUCGCCGCCGAAUGGGCCAUCUCUUACUUCGAUCUCGCAAUGUUUGACUCUGUCAGGAAAAGGUCCUCCCGAUUCCCCGUGUUUCCGCAUCUCAUUUCGCCCCGCCCGGAGGGCUUUCUCCACACUCUCUCCGCCUCGCUUGCAGCAAGACGCCAAACACGUACUUCUCGCACCUCACGUACUGCUGCCUCCAACAAUCCACGCCGUCGCUCUGCACCGCGCGCCUCGCCGGCGACGACUUCGACAUCUCCUCAAACGCCUCAGGCGACGGCGCCCUCUCCGCCGCCCAGGCGAAACCCGACGCGCUCAGCCCGCACUACGAUCUCCUACGAGUUGGAGCCGCUUGCUUCCAAUGACAUUUAG